AACAUCUCACCUUCGCCUGGAAGGUUAGUUAAAACCUUAGCGCAGUAAAAGCACUCACUUAAGCCCAUUACCCGCCUCUGGUUACUUCGACCAGUGCAUGAACUGGGAUGUCUGCAGCCGACUGGUAUGCUCACAAAUCGCUCGGAGAGGGAGUGUUCUGGAUCCAGGAGCGGUUCUUCGAUGCAGCGAACCGGUGCAACAUCUGGUUGAUCCGGGGCUCACACCAGGAUGUGAUAAUUGACACUGGUCUGGGCUUGAGGAGCUUGCCUGAAUACAUCGAGAUGAACAGGCUGCUCGGUGACGACCCGCAGAGGAAGAACCCGCUGCUGGCCAUCGCCACCCACGCCCACUUCGACCAUACCGGUGGUCUUCAUCAGUUCGAAAAUGUCGCUAUCCACAGCUCCGAGGCCGAGGCUAUGGCCAACGGUGACAACUACGAGAUGGUUACCUUGCUUACUGACAAACAGAUAACCGAGUCUCCCAGUCCAGGAUGGAAGGCAAAGGACUACAAAGUCAAAGCUGUGCAGCCAACACACAUACUACAGGAGGGUGAUGUGAUCAACCUGGGUGACAGACAGCUGAGCGUGCUCCACAUGCCUGGUCACUCUCGGGGCAGCAUCUGCCUCCUUGACCGUGAGAAGAAGUUGCUUUUCUCUGGCGAUGUCAUGUAUGACGGCCCAGUUAUUGAUUUCCUACCCUACAGCCAUGUCAGUGACUACAUCAGCACUUGUGAGCGCCUGGUGGGGCUGUGCGAGAGCGAACAGGUUGACCAAGUCCUCCCAGGACACUACGCUGCCUUUGGGGCGAAGCAGCUGACCCAUCUUGCAAACACAUAUGUCGCCAGUGCUCAAAGCUGUGCUGGCAAGUUUUCCACAUUUGCCAAGGGUUCUCUGUCUAACAUGAUGCUGCGUCUGUAUUACCCACGCUAAUCGCUAAUCAGAGGGCAUACUGGAGCUGUAUGGAGCACACGUGAACAAAGAUAUUUCUAUAUCUCUGACUUUAUGUAACAUUGUUCAUUUACUUAUGUAAUCCAACUGAAUUGCUAAAAUUUGUGUAAAAAGCAGUCAUUGGGUUACAUAAGUCAAUAAUCACCAUCUUAUAAAGCAUACAACAUAAUCUAUAUAUAUAUGUAUAUCUAGUGGGAUUGUGUGCUAUACUUAUCAAUAUGUAUUUGGUGGUUGGAAUAUGAUUCUGUGUGAAUUUUAUACUUUUAGCAGUUGUGAAAUUAUAAUAGCACAACAAUGGUACAACCCUGCACUGCAAACCGAAAGCAGUCAGUAUGGCCAUAGUAUUUCUCUAUGCAUUUUACAAUGCUCAGUGAAGACUCCGUGUCAACUACCUCUUAAGUUUGUAACAGUGCUUUGUACUAUUGACAAAUCAAAGGCUUUGGUAUUGAAAAAUUGACAAUAAAGCCUCUGUUAUACCUGU